CGUGCUUAUAAGUCAUUUGACUGUCACAUUCAAACUGCCAUCGACUUCAACGGUUUAUUGUUUUAUAGUUUAAUAUUAAUGAUGACUACUUUUGAUAUUUGUAUCAGUUUUACAUUGAUUUCAAGCGAGAACCAGAGAAAAGCAAAACAAAAAAAUGUCAAGAAUGUAAACGAUUCUCUAAAAUACUAAAACGUUAAAAAAACGCAAAAACAAAAACAUACAAAAUCAAACGAUUUUACUUUUAAACAACAAAACGAAUUUUAUAUCUAUUAUUAUUUUAUUUUAGUAAUUCUAUACAUCGUCAUAAACCUUUCUUCACAUGUACGCAUACUUUUUAAUACAUACAUAAUAUACAUAUUUUAUAUAUAAAUAUUAUUGCACGCCCCAAAAAGAUCGUCCAUGUAUUUUCUAUUAUAAACAAUCGACUUCAAUAUAUGAAAACGACACAAAACAUGAUUCAUCCUAUUCACGGAAAUACACAAUUUGAAACGAAUUCGACUUCAGAAUCUCUGAAUAAUCAACAUCGACUGUACAUUGAUGACAUUAAUACUCAAACAUCGAUGCGAAAGUUUCGGAGGAAACAACGUUCUCUGUCUGUUCAAAUGAACAAGACAGAGAAAGCAAUUGACGAUAAAUAUGUUCCCGGAACCAAGCUAACUUACAAGGCAAGUGGAAGUAGCUCUCGUAAUAAAAAUGGGAACAUUAAGCGUCCAAUGAAUGCUUUUAUGGUAUUUGGACGUACCUACAGAUCGACUUUAAUGAAAAUGUUUCCAACAGCAUCCAAUUCCCAAAUCAGCAUUUACUUGGGGGAGAUUUGGCAUAAAAUGUCUCCAGCUCAACAGAAACCAUAUUUUGAUGAAUCCAAUCGAAUUAAAUAUAAACACCGCAAAGACUAUCCAGGAUGGGUGUAUCGACCGAAUAUUCGCCAACGUUUUGAAGGUACAUUUAAUGAUAUCCAAGUUGACAACAAACUGACAGAGUCAAUCCUACCCAAAAUAAUCUGUGACCAAAAGCAACAAAUCCCUCAGAUGGCAGUAAUACCCAUUAUUUAUCCCCUUUCCAACAACACAAUGACCCUAACAAUGCCAGCUGAAGGAUCAAUUAACUCUAAUCCUGAACCCAACAACUUAGAAAAUCCGAUGCUCAAUACUGAGUUUGUUUCUGCUAAUAGUGUCCAAAUGUGCCAAGAUCAAAUGUAUUCAGAUGUUUGUUCAUGGGAAUCCAGUUGGUCAAACCAAGAUAUUUCUGGAAGCAGUUAUAUUUCUCCUUGGACAAACCUAAGAAGUGUAGUGUCAUAUUCCACAGCUGAGACAUCUCAAGGUCUUCAGUAUAGCACUAAAUAUAUGCUAAGUUCUGCUGCUACUCUCAAUGCAAACUGCUACAGUCCUGCAUUAUUAAAUGACCAAAUUCAGUCUAGUCCUCCUGAAUAUUGGCCACUCGAGGAACAGUAUAAAGCUCAGCAAACUUCUCCAAUGGAUUCAUUUCAAGACCUUUCCAGUUUAUCAACAACUCUAAAAACUGACGAAAGCAGUGAAUCAAAUGAAAAUUUAUCUUUUCUUGAAUAUAUGCAUGGUCAGGAAUACCUCUUCAAUUCAACAAUGCCCGUUUCUGAGGAACCAUUUAUCUCUCCUGAUAAGCUGUCUCCUAUUUUACAUAAGUGUUCUGACCAAAGUAUAUUGGAAAUUCCUGAAAGCUAUUCAAAUUCAAAAGGUGAGAAUUUUUUUUCUGUUAAAGAUCUAGAUGUCUUGGAUGGAUUAAAAGAAAAGUUAGACGACUGUCUUUCAGUUGACAACAUACCACAGCUUGACAUUGGCAGAUGGAUGGCAUACUUGAACCAACCAGAGCAAUUUGAUGAACAGACACUGGAGUUGUUUUUUAGUAACUCAUCUGACCCAGAAUUAACUGAUACUUACUAAGGUUUGAUAAGAUUGAUACCGACAUUAUAGAUAUUGCAUUAAACUGGUCAGUUUUAGCAAGCAUCAGUAAAUCUUUUGCAAAGCUAUUCCCAUAGUUCAUGCUGUUUGAUUGACAUAUCAUAAAGAAACAUUUUCAAAUAAAUCUUGAAACUAUA